GUGAUACAUGCUUAAAGUGCAAUCGGUGAAUACACGGUUUAAGAUCUAUGUAUAUACGUACAUCGUAGUAUAUGAUUGACAAUUAAAGUAAAUAGUAAAUAUUAUUAUUUAUAUUGAAUUAUUAAAUUAUAUUUUAUAGUAUAUUUGCAUACUACUACGAAUUUAUUUGUAAUAAUUUACAUUCUCAUUAAUUACUCAUAAUGUGGACUAACCUCGAUAAUAGCAUGAGUACAUCAGGGGGAUUUUUGAACGAUAGUCAGAAUUCAAAUGAUGAAAAUAAAAAAAGUGCUACAAGAAACAACAAAAUAAUCCCUGUUAUGGUUCAGCACUUAACACAAUCUGAAAAUUUGGAAAGUAACAUUGUUACUUUUAUAGGAAUUGUAAAAAGUAUAGAAAAGAAAAGUACAAAAGUGACAUAUGAAAUUGAAGAUGAAACAGACCAUAUUGCAUGUUUCCAAUGGAUAGUACCAGAAAAUAUAUCAGAGCCAGUAAUUAAUUUAAAUACUUAUGUACGAGUAUUUGGACAUAUAAAAGAACAAAAUGAAAAAAAACAUAUAUUGAUUGCAAAAAUUUGUCCCGUGGCUACUUUAAAUGAACUAACUAAUCAUUUAUUGGAAGUGACCUUUGUAACAUUACAUAUUCAGAAAACUUCUAAUGAUCAAUAUAAAGAUUCUGAUGUUCCUAUGCCAGAUGAUAAUCUUGGAUUAACUAAAGAUCAAAACACAGUCUUUAGGGUUAUUCAAGCGGAGAAUGACUCUGUUAAUGGAAUAGAGCGAAAAACUCUCAAGAAUCGCGUUCCAAAGAAUAUUUUGCCAAUAGUUGAUGAUAUAAUCGACUUUCUUACAAGUGAAGGACACAUUUAUACUACUUGUACAGAUGAUCACUUCAAGACAACAUAAUUAUAUAAGAAUUCUUUUGUUCAAAUCUAAUUUAAAAAAAUAAUAUUAAAAUAGUUUGAACUUACUAAAAAAAGUAAUACAUUCUACAUGAUUAUUAUAGAUCUUUAUAAUAUCUAAAUGUAAGGUCAAGAAAUUAAUUUUUGUAAAAUUUGCAUAAUUUUACAAUUUUAAUGUACAAUUUUAAUUAAUUUUUGUAA